CCCUCACCUCCCGUCUACGGGUUUCGUCCGAAACAACUGGAAUUCUCCUCCUUCUGCGCUCCUACCCGAAACAAGUGAGCAAGUCAGCCCUCGUUUUUCUCCCCCUUCCUAUCACCUCCCUUCGCGCUCUUCAGCUCCACUAAAUCCCGUAAAUCUGUCAUCAAACGGGAUUCACUAAAUCCGGGCCGAUUUAAGGCAAAACAGCGGAUAAACGGGAUUCAAGAUCCUGUAGGAUUUAAAGUUGUAAUUUUUCUGCUGUUUGGCGGGGUUUAGGUUAAAUCCUGCUACUAAACAGCCUCGGAGAGUGUAUCGAGUCAUCUGCUCAUUUAUUACUGUCACAGGCAUCGCAAGCAAAAAGAUAGCAUGCCACCUGCGGCCAUGGCGAACCAUUGCAAUCAGAAAGAGCAGGAUGAAGAGGAUGAAGACUUGAGCUUCGAGGAAUUAGGUCUAGACCCGCGAUUGAUCCGAGCUCUAUUUAAGAAGAGCAUAACAAAACCGACCCCCAUCCAACGCGAGUCCAUCCCUUUGAUCCUCGAGGGCAAAGAUGUUGUUGCACGGGCAAAGACCGGAUCUGGAAAGACAUUUGCUUAUCUUCUUCCUCUUCUUCAGAAGCUUUUCUCCGAGAUUGGCUGUCCAAAAAAGUCCGGAUCCAGCGCUUUCAUACUUUUGCCUACCCGGGAACUCUGUCGCCAGGUUCAUUCCGAAGCCAAUUCUCUCCUGGAGUUAUGCAGGGUCCAGUUGAAGGCUAUGCAAAUUUUGAGCGACAUGUCUGCCGUGGACAUGACUGUUGCACUAUCAGGACCUCCAGAGUUAAUUGUAUCAACUCCGGCAUGCGUUUCAACUUGCAUUUCAAGAGGAAUUAUGCAGGCUUCGUGCAUUAAGGAUUCACUUUCGAUGUUAAUUUUGGACGAGGCAGACCUCCUCCUUUCUCAUGGAUAUGAAGAUGACUUGAAGAAUCUUGUCCCUCAUAUUCCAAGGCGCUGCCAAUGUCUUCUGAUCUCUGCCACAUCAAGCUCUGAUGUUGAUAAACUAAAAAAACUUGUGCUUCAUAAUCCAGUUGUUUUGACCCUGGCAGAUGCAAAUCACCCAACGAAUGAAAUUAUCCCAAAAAAUGUCCAACAGUUUUUGAUUUCUUGCAGUGCCAAUGACAAGCUGCUUUAUAUGCUUGCGCUUUUGAAACUGGAACUUGUUCAGAAAAAGGUGUUGAUAUUUGUCAACUCUAUUGAUACAGGGUUCAGAUUAAAAUUAUUUUUAGAGCAGUUUGGAAUAAGGUCUGCUGUCCUAAAUGCCGAACUGCCGCAUAAUUCUCGUUCUCACAUACUUGAGGAGUUUAAUGCAGGUCUAUUUGAUUAUCUAAUUGCGACUGAUGAAAAUAAGGAGAGAGAUCAAAAUAGCGCAGACAAACACAAACAGACCAAAACCAAAGGCUCUAAAAAACAUUUCAAGCAGAAGUUGGACGCUGAAUUUGGGGUUGUCAGAGGAAUCGACUUCAAAAAUGUAUUUACGGUGAUUAACUUUGAUAUGCCUCAAAGUUGUGAAGGUUAUGUACAUAGGGUCGGGCGGACUGGAAGAGCAUUUAACAGCGGUGCAUCCAUUUCUCUUGUUACCCCUGAGGAGGAUAAAAUUAUUGAGAAAGUUAAGCUAACAUUAGGUGAAAGUGGAGACAAGGAUAUCUUAAGCUAUAUUACACCUUUUCCUUUACUCACAACAAAUGCUGUUGAAUCUCUACGAUACAGAGCUGAGGAUGUUGUCAAAAGUGUGACAAGAUUUGCAGUUAGAGAAUCACGCGCUCAAGAUUUAAGAAACGAAAUCUUGAAUUCAGAAAAGUUGAAGGCACAUUUUGAAGAGAAUCCCAGGGACUUGGAUUUAUUGAAGCAUGACAAGUUAUUGAGUAAGAAUGCUCCCCCAGCUCAUCUUCGUGAUGUCCCUGAAUACCUCCUUGAUCCAGCGACUCAAGAAGCAAGCAAGACGGUUAAGCUUUCUAGAGCUGCAAUGGGAAUAGAUAACCGUAAGAGGCACACUGCUUUCAAUAAAGGAUUCCGAAAGAGUAAAGACCCACUCAAAUCGUUCACUGCUGAGGGAAGAAGAUCUCAUAAAUUAAACAAGAGAGAGAAUGACAAUGAAGACCGCAACAGCAGAAAAAGGAAAAGGAAGGGCUUGGUGUCUUCAUAGGAUUUUUUCAUUUAUUCUUUCUUUUCUGUAUUUGUGGUACAAGUAUUGAUCCAAGUUAUGAGCAAAAAUUGUGUUGAGCAAUUUUGGUUGGUUUAUGUUUUGUUCACAGCCAUUGUUUUGUGCACAUCACGUGCAGAUGCAUUGUUAGAGUGAAAACAAACAGUAAAGAUUACAAAAUAUAUCCCUUGUUUUGGUGUAA